UCUUCCCUUCUCUUUGUUCCCCUCUCCCCCUCUCUUCGUGCCCCUCCCUCUCCCCUCCUGUCUAUUAUCCUUUUUCCCAACGUUGCUUUCCCACCCCUUCCCGUCUCCCACCUCUUCCCAUCCCUUACGAUUUACCACUUUGGUUGCAAACCCCUGGCCACGGCUAUGCCGGCUGCAUGGUCGAGUGCCACCACCGACGCAUCGGCCUAUGUCCCCUCGUUCGAUUUCGCUCGUUCCUCCCCCCUCGACUCCCCUUCUCUCGCCGUGCCCCGUCUCCCUUCCCUCUCGACCCCCCUCUGCUCACUCCCUUCGUGUUCACGAAGACUCCAAUUUAUUAUGCAAUCUAUCUACUACAUAUCUGUACUCGACGUACCCUACGAGUACUCGGCGUGCACGACGAGUCCCCCCCGCAACUGCCCUCACCCAUCACCCCACCCCACUCCACCCCUCCUCAUCUCGUCUCCCCUCCCCGUCCCUCCACCUCUUUGAACCGCCCCCUCCACCUUCCUUCCACUUCGUCGCACCUCCCCCUCCCCCUCCUUACACUCCUCCUCUCCCCUCGUCUUCCUCCCCCUCGUCGGACCUCCCCCUCAGGCUCUUCGCACUCCUCCCCUCCACUUCGCCUCCCCCUCUCCCGCCACCUCGUCAGCGACGUACAGCGAGGAUGAUGUGCUCACCUUAACGACGUGCUAACUCACGCGACCGCACCCUCGCUCGUCUCGAGGUGAGGAGGGGGCAGUCGUCGGCGAGGGGCCAGUCUUCGGCGUGGGCGGGAUAUGCGAACUCGACGAGCUCGCGCAAGACGGCGGCUUGCUCUUGUUCGAAGGUGAGGUCCUCCUCCCACCCUUGCCCCCUCACUUCCUCCACUCGUCGAACCACUCCACCUCACAUUCUUCACGCAUCGCCCCCCUCCUCCUUUCCUCCGCACGUCGCACC